AUAAUUGAUAUAGUUGAAGUGGUGUUCUGUGUUUUGUCUUCCUCUGUCCAUAGUUGUGCAUGGAGAAGUGUGUCAGUGCAUCAUCUUCUCCAUAUCCGUCACCACCACCGGAGAUCAAACAUGUGGUUGAUUCAGCUGAGUCCACUCCGAAAGAGGGCUUCUUCUCCCCUUUGAUUCAGAGUCACACCAAUUUGGAUUCUCUUUGGAAGAAUUCCAUUUCUGUUGAUGCUCUCUCGUGUUCCAUGGCCAGGCUCUGCUUCACCGCCACCCCUCCGUUAAUUUCACCCAAUUGCUCCACUGCACUCUGCUGUCACUGUUCUGCACAAUUCCUUCAGCAUCACACUUCCUCUGCGCUUCAAGAUGUGAAGGCGCAGUUCAUCUCUGUCACACAAAUGCCCCGUCAGCAGUUGGGGAAACCAGAGGUGAUGGAGAAGAUCUUCAGCCAACUCAAGGAUCACUUCUGUGACCUAAUGAUGGACCAACAUUGCGAUCUUUCCAUUCUAGCUAUUUUGCAAGCUAGCUCUGUCCACCACAUCACCAGGAUUCUUCACUUGGUCAUUCAAAACCAGCACAAGCUUAAGGAAGUGUGCAUGCAUAAUCAUGGGAGUUUGGUCUUCCAGAAGUUGUUGGAGCAUUUGAAGACUCCAGAUCAGAUGUCUGCAGUUAUAUUCGCUGUGAAGAGGAUCUGUGUGAGAUUGAGUAAGAAUAUCAAUGGGGGUCAUGUCAUUAACCAUUGCCUCAAACUUUUCUCCCCUGCGCUUACAACAUUUAUUAUAGACGAAGUAGCAGAAAACUGUGUGGAAAUUGCAACAGACAAAAGUGGAUGUUCUACCCUUCAAAAAUGCCUUCAUCAUGCAAAAGACAAUAGUAUGAAGCGGCUGAUUCAAGAAAUAGUCUCACAUGCUUCACUCCUUACUGAACAUCCUUUUGGAAAUUAUGCUGUGCAGUACGUUGCUAAAAUGAAGAUACCUGGUGUAAAUGCAGAGAUAAUGUUACAACUUAAAGGUAGAUAUGCUCAAUUAUCUAUGAACAAGCAUGCUAGCAAUGUGGUGGAACACCUCUUAGAAUUCUCAGAAGAGAAGGAUGCUGCUAAUAUUAUUCAGGAGUUAAUGUACACUCAAAAUUUUUUGAGGAUUAUACAGGAUCCUUAUGGGAAUUAUGUUGUUCAAAGAGCGCUGCAAAAUUGCAAGGGCAAUGUUUAUAAAAUGCUUUCAACUAUAAUUUUGUUGAAUUAUCCAUAUCUGCACACCCAUCCUUAUGGGAAACGGGUUCUGACCUUCGUCCAAAGACGCAAGAACUAUGAACAAAGGCAUAUAUAAAAACAGGGUGGCUCUUCUGCUUGAGCAUCGAUGAAACUUUUGUUAGUGUUUUUCUGAACUCUUCAUAGUUUGUUUCAGAAGCUUACAUAUGCGAGCCAGACUAUUAUGAGAAUUCCCCAAGGGAACAAUCAAUGAAGUGAGUUUUGUUUGUAGCUAUAACUUUGGAUAUUGUUAUUGAUAGUUUCUAUUUCGCCUAUGAAACAAACUUUUGGUGGAUGUUAA